UUUCCGCUUUUUACCACGUGGGAAAUGAUGGAGUCUGUAUACAGUUUUCUGUGUUAUAGUUGGUAGAACAAUAUAUAUUAACGCUGGGAAGCAGAUGUGUUUAUAUUUAUAAAGCAUAAAAUUAAAAAUAAAAAUGAAGCGAAACAGAACCGAGGAGGUAUUUGAAGAGGCAGAUCCUACCAUUUUAGACACAGUCUUAAAUGAGCUUUAUGAUUUCGGCGAAGAUGUGGGGAGGAAAAGGAAAAAGAAAUCCCAAAAGAAAAGAGGCCGAAAUGUAACUGAGGCGGAAGUGAAUGACUCUGCACUGCUCGGUGCUGGAGGUCGUGAAGACAACAAAGAGACGGUCACAGAAACCUCCUGCAAGUCAGAACAGAGGAGCAGACAAGCAGCUGAGUCAGACACCGGCAGUCAAAGGGCGCAGGCACCAUUGAAAAAGCAGCCAGCGCAAGUAGAAAUUGUGGUAUUCCAAGAUCCUUCAAAGAAGAAAACAAGCAUCACAGAGACCCCAGUCCCCAUUGUGAAGGCUACCAAAACAAAGGAGGACAAACAAAUAGGCAAUGAAGAAUUUGACUUGGAUAAGGCCCGGUUUGAAGUUCACCGAUUUGGCAUCACAGGAUAUCGGAAGGAGCAACAGAGGAAUUUUGAACAAGAGCGAGCGAUAAUGCUUGGAGCAAAGCCUCCAAAGAGGGAGUAUAUCAACUAUAAAGUUUACCAGCAAAUGAUCAAAGAGAAGAAAGAGAAGGAAAAAGAAGACAUGAAAUUUGAGACCAAGAAAAAGAAGAAGAGAGAAAGUGAAUCACGAAUCAAGAAAAGAAAAUCAAUUUCAAGUGAGGCUCCGUCUGGACAGCUGGGGCGGUUUAAAAAUGGGACAUUGAUUCUUAGCUCUAAAGAAAUAGAGAAAAUUAAGUCUUCCAGGGUGAUAAAGUGAUGAGUGUAUUGUGGUAAUGGAUGUACUCCUACAGAAAUGUUAAUAAAGUUAAUCUAUUUUGAGUGUCUUA